AUGGGAACAAAGUUUGAGAAAAUAGGUGCGGCGAAUACUACUAAAAAAAGAAACGCAACGGAUGCAACCCCUAGGAGGAAAAAACCAAAGAAAAAAGACAAUCGUUUCAAAAUAGCAGUGAGCCACAACAACUUGAUUGAUUGUGAUCAAAAUGAUAACAUUGAUGCAUUUGAAGAUGAUAGCUACAUUGAUAGACCUGAACUUAAUGAAGAUACGAAUUCAUUAUUUACCGGUUUGGAUGGUACAAAUGGGUUUUCUAUUGACUCUGACGACACUCAAUUGGAUGGUAAUUUUUUCAAUCAUUCCAAGCAAAAUGAAGUAGACACUACAGAACUACCUUCAAAGAAACGCAAGAUUCUUAUUAAAAAAAAGAUAGACACCAGUCAUAACGGAAGCAUUCUGGAUACUUCUGUUUUACCGGAUUCAUUCAGAUCGGUUUUCAAGUUCCAGAAAUUUAAUAAAAUGCAAUCUGCUGCUUUCCCAUCACUUUAUCAACAGGAUAACAACUGUGUAAUUUCUUCACCAACUGGAUCUGGGAAAACGGUACUAUUCGAAUUGGCAAUUCUACGCUUAAUCAAUAAAUUAAACUUCAAUAUUGGAAAUUUCAAAGUUUUAUAUAUCGCACCAACAAAGUCAUUAUGUUGUGAAAUGUUAAAUAAUUGGAAAGACAAGUUUUUGAAUGUUUCUGUUGGUAUGCUAACAAGUGAUACAAGCUAUUUAGAGACUGAAAAAGUGAAAAAAUCAAAUAUCAUCAUAACUACUCCUGAAAAAUGGGAUCUAUUAACUAGAAAAUGGUCGGAUUACAGUUUACUUUUCAAUUUAAUUAAACUACUUCUUGUAGAUGAGGUACAUACACUCCGUGAGAACCGAGGUGCCACUCUUGAAGUCGUAGUGACGCGAAUGAAUAUAUUAUGUGAAAAUUUAAGAAUUAUAGCUGUAAGUGCUACUAUUCCAAAUAUAGAAGACGUAGGAGAAUGGCUGAACCCCAAAAACAAUCAUAACAAUGAUGAAAAAGAAAACACUGCUGUCAUCUUAGCAUAUGACGACAGUUAUCGUCAAGUUUUAUUAAAAAGGAAUGUAUACGGAUAUAGUUUCAACGGCAAGAAUGAUUUUCAAUGUGAUGCUUUAUUCAAUCAUAAAUUAGAAGAUAUAUUUCAAAAGCACAGCAAAAAUCGCCCGAUAUUGAUUUUUUGUCCUACUCGAUCAUCCACCAUUACAACUGCCAAGUACAUCGGCGAAAAUAUGUCGUUUUAUGACGGCCCUAAUAACUACAAUAGAAGAUCACAAGUCACAGACAGAAAUCUAGCAGAGUGCUUAAAAAGUGGUAUCGCUUUCCAUCAUGCAGGCUUAUCGUUGGGUGAUAGAACUGUUGUGGAGAAUGACUUUCGGAAUGGAAAUAUCAAAAUUCUAUGUUCGACCUCUACAUUGGCGAUGGGAGUAAAUCUUCCUGCAUAUUUAGUCAUUGUAAAGGGAACAAGGAUCUGGAAUUCAUCAGAUGUCGAAGAAUAUUCACAAUUAGAUAUUCUACAAAUGAUUGGAAGAGCUGGUAGGCCAGAAUUCGAAACUGAAGGUUGUGCAGUUGUCAUGACAAGUCCUCCAAUGAAAGAAAAGUACGAAAAUUUGAUAUAUGGGAACGAACAACUUGAAAGUACUUUGCAUCUUAAUUUAAUAGAACAUCUUAUUGUCGAAAUGUCAUUAGGAACUGUUUAUGAUGUAAAUUCAGCAUGUGAAUGGCUAAAAAAUUCCUUUCUUUUUGUUAGGCUCUUGAAACGCCCCGUGUUUUAUCGAGAAAUCUAUAAAUUCAUGAAUAAUGACAAUUCUCUGGUAGAGCAGCUAAAUAAAUUUUGUGAAUCUCUAUUUGAAAUGUUAAUGAACGCGGAAAUUAUUGUGCAGAAGGAGAAUAUGCUCGUUUGUACAGCUUAUGGACAUGCUAUGUCAAAACAUUAUGUCAUGUUUGAAUCUACAAAGUUGUUUAUUAACUCUAAGAAAAACAAUUCCUUACAGGAGAUACUAAUUCUCUUAUCUAAUGCAAAAGAAUUUGCAGAUAUAAGAAUUAGGCAUAAUGAAAAAAGAUUAUUCAAAGAAAUAAAUACAUCUCCUUUAUUGAAAUAUCCAUUUUUAAAUAAAAAAAACCAAAGUAAAAUUAUUGACCAAACUUCUCAGAAAAUAUCCUUGAUAAUUCAAUAUGAGAUCGGAGGUUUAGAAUUUCCAUCUUACGAAGGCGCUCAAAAGUUACAUCAAACAUUAGUACAAGAUAAAAUGCGUACAUUCAGACAUUGUUAUAGACUUUUAAAAUGUAUGGUCGAUGUAUUUAUUGAGAGAAAAGAUGGUGUCUCGCUGCAGAAUACAUUAACUUUGCUACGAUCGAUUAAUGGUAAUUGUUGGGAUAAUUCCUUCAUGGUAUUGCGGCAGUUGAAGUUAAUUGGCUUGGUUUCUGUGAGGAAAUUAGUUCAUCACGGUGUAACUUCACUGCAGGAUUUGAAAAAUCUCUCAGACGCGCAGUUAGAAUAUUAUCUAGGAUUAAAGACUGGGAAUGGUCACAAAAUUAAGAAUGAUUUAUUGUUACUGCCCAAAUUAAGGAUAAGAAGUAAGUUAGAAAAUUGUAAACCACAAGGAACAGAAAUCAUAUUGGAAUUUAAGGUUGAGGUUACUGCAAUAUUUAAAUCAUCUACUUGGCAUGGUCAUAGUUUAUCUUUAGAUAUCGAAGUCUUCAAGAAAUCGGGGGAUCUCAUCGAUUUUCGCAGGAUUAAUUUGAAAAAUUUAUUAUCAGCAAGAAGCUUCAGAAUAUCCACAGUAAUAGAUUCCAAGGACGAUAUCAUAGAAUUUGAUAUUAACUGUCAAGAAGUUGCAGGAAUCGGUGAUAUGGUACUUUUCUCCGCCUCCGAAAUCCCCAAAGAUUAUUAUAUAAUUCUUCAAAAAAGAAAGCAGACUGCUCUAGAAAAAUGUUUGUUCCUACCGGACUCUGAUGAUGCUUUAGGUAGAAGUGAUACUUUUUCGUCAGAUGAUAGUUUUAUUCAGUAUUUAGAACACAAUAAACUUUCAAAUGAAAAAGAAGAUGGGACGAAGUCCGGGCAAGAUGCUCCAUCUCGGACGCUGAUGCCUAAUGGAAAUUAUGAGUGUUAUCAUGUUUGUAAAGAUAAAGUCAACAAUGGUACGACAUUUUUAUGUUGUAAGGAAGGGAUCCCACAGAAUUAUUUAAAACACUCUACUGAGAAAGUAACUAAUAGCAAAACUUUAUCCAGACCGCGAGAAAAAAAUUUAUUCCAUAUUGGAGAAGAUAAGCAGUACAGCAGUCCGAUAGAAGAAGAUAUGAAAUCCGAUAGUAUUAAAGAUAUUGGAGCUUAUGUAUAUCGCCCCAACUCAGCUGAUCUUGCGAAAAAUAUAGAAGGAAAUGAUGGUGGAAUACCACCGGCUUUAGAGUCGGAACAUCAAAUGAAAGAGAAACCCUUAACCUUGAUCGAUACAACUCUAGAUUUUAGUACUAUGAUCACAAAUGUGCCACUAGAUGAUAGUAGCUCCUCCUCAUCUCUGUGUACACGUGAUAACUCUGCUUUGAAUUUCCUAGGAUCGGAUGUUGAUCUCAGUUAG